UAGCCUCGGCAGCGAGGAGAGGCGAGCGGACUGGUCACUGGGACAAGCCAUACCGAGGCGCGGUGGCCGGAUAGGUCCUCACGUGGGCUCUCAAGCAGUCACCGACGCGCGCGUUCCGUCGCCCCACGCGGCGGUGCCGCCUGUUUGCUUUUGCAGAUCUCCAAGAGAACCCACCGUUGUAGUCAUGGCUUCUGAAGACAUUGCCAAACUGGCAGAGACCCUGGCCAAAACCCAGGUGGCUGGAGGACAGCUGAGUUUUAAGGGCAAGAGUCUCAAACUGAAUACCGCAGAAGAUGCCAAGGAUGUGACUAAGGAGAUUGAAGACUUUGAUGGCCUGGAGGCACUGCGACUUGAGGGUAACACCGUGGGUGUGGAAGCGGCUCGGGUCAUCGCCAAGGCCUUAGAGAAGAAGCCAGAGCUGAAGCGAUGCCACUGGAGUGACAUGUUCACCGGAAGGUUGCGGUCCGAGAUCCCACCAGCUCUGAUCUCACUUGGGGAGGGCCUCAUCACUGCAGGAGCACAGCUGGUGGAACUCGACCUCAGUGACAACGCAUUUGGGCCUGAUGGAGUGCGAGGCUUUGAAGCCCUCCUCAAGAGCCCAGCCUGCUUUACCCUACAUGAACUCAAGCUUAACAACUGUGGCAUGGGCAUCGGAGGUGGCAAGAUUCUGGCCGCAGCUCUGACCGAGUGUCACCGCAAGUCCAGUGCCCAAGGCAAGCCCCUGGCCCUGAAGGUCUUUGUGGCCGGUAGGAACCGCCUGGAGAACGAUGGGGCCACGGCCUUGGCAGAAGCUUUCGGGGUCAUCGGGACUCUGGAAGAGGUCCAUAUGCCACAGAAUGGAAUUAACCACCCUGGUGUCACCGCCCUGGCCCAGGCAUUCGCCAUCAACCCUCUGUUGCGAGUCAUCAACCUAAAUGACAACACCUUCACUGAGAAGGGCGCAGUGGCCAUGGCUGAGACGCUGAAGACCUUGCGGCAAGUGGAGGUGAUCAAUUUUGGAGACUGCCUGGUGCGCUCUAAGGGCGCCGUUGCCAUCUCAGAUGCCGUCCGUGGAGGCCUGCCCAAGCUGAAGGAGCUGAACCUGUCCUUCUGUGAAAUCAAGAGAGAUGCUGCCCUGGUUGUUGCUGAGGCUGUGGCCGACAAAGCUGAGCUGGAGAAGCUGGACCUCAAUGGCAAUGCCCUAGGAGAAGAGGGCUGUGAACAGCUUCAGGAGGUGCUGGACAGCUUCAACAUGGCCAAGGUGCUGGCAUCCCUCAGUGAUGAUGAGGGAGAGGAUGAUGAUGAGGAAGAUGAGGAAGAAGGAGAAGAGGAUGACGAGGAGGAAGAGGAUGAUGAAGAGGAGGAAGAUGAGGAGGAAGAAGAUGAGGAAGAGGACGAACCACAGCCACGAGGGCCAGGAGAGGAGUCAGCUACACCCUCACGGAAGAUUCUGGACCCGCACAGUGGGGAGCCAGCUCCCGUGCUGUCCUCCCCGCCUCCCACAGACCUCUCCACCUUCCUGUCAUUCCCCUCCCCAGAGAAGCUGCUGCGUCUCGGUCCCAAGGUCUCCGUGCUGAUAGCCCAGCAGACUGACACCUCUGACCCUGAGAAGGUUGUCUCAGCCUUCCUGAAGGUGGCAUCUGUGUUCAGGGACGAAGCCUCAGUGAAGACAGCAGUGCUGGAUGCCGUCGAUGCUCUCAUGAAGAAGGCCUUCAGCUCCUCCUCUUUCAACUCCAACACCUUCCUCACCAGGCUGCUCAUCCACAUGGGUCUGCUCAAGAGUGAAGACAAGAUCAAGGCUAUCCCCAGCCUGCACGGCCCUCUGAUGGUGCUGAACCACAUAGUACAGCAGGAUUAUUUCCCCAAGGCCCUUGCACCCCUCCUGUUGGCAUUUGUGACAAAGCCCAACGGUGCCCUGGAAUCCUGCUCCUUUGCUCGCCACAGUCUGCUGCAGACGCUAUACAAUGUCCAGAUUUAAAGCCAUCUGCUUCUUGUCCCUCAACCCUGCACCAGUGACUGGGGGACUUGGAUGGACUGAGCUCAGCCAACGUCUCCAAUGGAUAGGACUUUGACUAGAGGCAGGGGAGGGUCUUUGUCUCGUGUGUCGUAUUGGUCCCUUGAUACUGUGUUGGUGUGGUGUGUGUAAGUGUGUACUUCCUGUCCAGAUUGCAGGCACUUAUCUCCCUGCUGGACUAAGCCAGGUCCCCUAUGAGGUACUGAUGCCCAGAGGAAAGGGCUGGAAGCUGCUUUGUUAUUAAACUUAGGCGAACUUAGCCAUAGGCUCUGUUGCCUGCCCUGCCUUCUUGUCCCACCAAAGCCUAGGGCAUUACUGUCUGUGUGCUGUGUCCUGCUGUCUCCACUCUGCCUAAGGAACAGAGACUCAGAGAUGAGCUGUCAUCAGAGAGUGAAACUCUGGCCUCAACCUUGUGGCCCAGAGGAGCAGCCAGGGGCAACCUCAGGUAGUCCUGGGGCGGGAACUGACUGGGGUGCCCUGGCUCUUGUACCCAGUGUAAGCUCCUUGGCUGGCCCAGACCUGCCCUUCUUCCUGGGGAGGGAAGGGCAGGUCCCCUAAUGCCUCAACUACAGUUGGCGCUGUUCUGAGACAAGAGAGUAUGGUGGGGACUCAGCUGGGUAGGAGAUGCCUGUGACUUCCCAUAGUGACUGUGUGGCCACUUCCUGCUUUCCUUGGUGUUGUGUGUCUGGGCUGUGCCUGGGAGCUUCACAAAUAAAUGUCACCUGUGGUAGCUG